UGUCUCAAUCACUGCCUCAGCUCAGCACUUUGAUUCCUGUGGCCUCCAGAUCCACUCUGCUGACGGACAGGCCUCUAUCAGAGGAAACUGGAAUGAAAACAGACUCCUUAUAGGAAUAUUUCAAACGCAUUUCAUCGCUUUACAUCGGCAGAGAAUCAAAGAAAACGCCAGCAUGGGGGUCUACGAGGAGAAAAAGGAAACAUGUGGGACCAUCUGCCUGAAAUACCUCCUGUUUACUUUCAACUUUCUCUUUUGGUUGGCAGGGGGUGUUGUGAUGGCAGUGGGCGUUUGGACCUUGGUGGAGAAGAGCGACUACAUCAGCCUUCUCUCCUCCAAGACCUACGCUGCCUCCGCCUACAUACUGGUCCUGGCUGGAGCCAUCGUCAUGGUAACAGGCGUGCUGGGCUGCUGUGCCACCUUCAGGGAGCAGAGGAAGCUACUGCGAGUGUACUUCGUCCUGCUGCUGUGUAUCUUCCUGUUGGAGAUCCUGGCCGGCGUCCUGGCUUAUAUCUACUACCAGCAGCUGAAUGAGGAGCUGAAGCAGAACCUGAGAGACACCAUGACACAGAAGUACCAACAGAGCACUCACGAGCACAUCACCAGGGCUGUGGACAAGCUGCAGCAGGAGUUCAAGUGCUGUGGCAGCAACAGUUCAUCCGACUGGGCUGAGAGCGUCUGGAUUCGCUCCAGAGACGCAAACAGCAGGAUGGUGCCUGACAGCUGCUGUAAGACUCCCACUGAGCUCUGCGGCCGCAGGGACCACCCAUCCAACAUCUACAAGGUGGAGGGUGGCUGCAUCACCAAACUGGAGAAAUUCAUCCUGGACCAUCUGAAGAUCAUCGGAGCGGUGGGCAUUGGGAUUGCUUGUGUACAGGUCAUAGGAAUGGUGUUUACAUGCUGCCUAUAUCGAAGUCUAAAGGCAGAGCCGUACUAAGAGCAGCAGCAGCAGAAGAAGAAAAGUGUGUGGGUGAAGGAGGUAACUUCAUCACCGCAUGCCAUACUCAAAUAGCCCAUAGGUUCUUUUCUUUGCCUUGCACAUAGGGGAAGGAAAAUUUGGCGAGGGAUCAAAAUCGCACAUCUGAGGAUCUCAUUUUGGUCAACAAAGGGUGGAAAAACACUACAAGGUUUCUUGAAGUAAUUAGGCACUCAAAUUGCAGUCUCAGCUACAUCUUCAAGAUCACAGCGCUGUGAGAAAAAAGCCUCAGAGAGCAACUGAUGGGAAUUUUAACACAGAUUGUGUAAAUUAGUGUGGGACAGCCUCCCUGGGACUCAAAACAUUGUAGUUUUCUUCCACUCCGAUUCCCUCGAUGUACAUUUGUUUGCGGACCAGGUGCUUCGCCGGAGAGUGCCGUAAAGACCAGCGGAGUAAAACUGGCACUUCGCAGGAAAUGUUAAUCCCGGCUGCCGCAGCAGCAGCAGCAGCUUCCCCUUCCCCAGCAGCGUGGUUUAACAAGCCUACCUCUGGGGCCCUCUUCAACUGCAGCAGCAUUUUGUUUCCACCUUAACUAGCCAGUCAUGCAUUUUAAUUAUUUGUUCGAUAGAGGCCUUUUAAACUUUUAAAUUGUUAGUUUUUAUAUUUUGUAAAUGAUUGUUUUCUGUAACACUUGAGGUGCUUUCUUAUGAGCUAUUAUUUUUGCCUUCCCAGCGACACGUCAGCGUUUGAUCAUGAUUUUAAUCAACUCUGCCACCCCGACGACCUCCUGAGAAGCACACAGUAUCUGCUGAGUGAGGGGUCACGAGUUAGUGCCUUCCUCAACAGCGUAACUGGUGCCAUUUGACACGGCAACGACAGCGUUUUAACCCUGAGGUGUAAAGGCUGAUGUUAAUGAAGUGAUUAUGUAAAUGUUACAAGCAGUGCCAUUAAUAUCGCUCAUAGGAAAGUGCCUCAUGUUUGCUUCUUUUUUUAUACAAGGGACUUAUCCACUGAUGCCAAAGUUGUCGACCGUAACUUUGUGUGAGGACCUACUGUAUCUCUUCCAGCCUUAUUCACGUAUCUACUGAUGUCUUCUUAGAUUGUUUUCAUAAAUGAAGAUUUUGUUUUUACUUUUCUAUAAACCAUGAAUAUAUUAUUGUAUUUAACAAGACACAUUGGUAGGAAAUGAUAGUCACUCACUGUUGGCGAUGAUCUUUUCCCGUGUGCCUCAAAGACGACACUGAAUUAAUCUGCUGUAUUUCUGUCUUUGUGAUAAUCCAGGAGUUAUUCUAGUUUGAAUAAACGUUGAUCGACACUA